UGGAUAUGGAAGAGAUUUGGAUGAUGUGGUACUCAUAAAAGAUAGAGAGAAAGCUCACUGCUUCACUCACUAAAAUCUUCUCCACUCUCACUCCCACCACCGCCGGAGACCCCAAUUCUGGCCCUAAAACUCCACCUCCGGCGACCCACAAAAGCAGACAGCUUCUGAAGAUGGUGUCUUUGCAAAAUUCACCUUCAAUCCAUCAGACGUGGUUGUCAAAUGCGUCUACUCAGGUGGAUUUCAUGCCUCAGCUAGGAAUGUACCGGCACGGUCCAUUUCAAAGAAGCAUUUCAUUUCUUGUCAAGGCGGAGCAAAUAUCUGCUGCUCCAACUUCAUCUCAUCAAGAUUGUCUUUUCACAGAUAGAUCCGGGAGGCGUCAACUUAUUGCCAUGGGGACAACACUUGCUCCUUGGGUUUUGCUGUCCAACCCGAAAUACACAUCAUUUGCUGCAGAAAGUAAAAAAGGAUUCCUGGGAGUCACGGACAAGAAGGAUGGAUACUCAUUUGUCUAUCCCUUCGGUUGGCAGGAAGUAGUAAUUGAAGGACAAGACAAGGUAUUUAAAGAUGUGAUUGAACCAUUAGAAAGUGUCAGUGUCGUUAUGAUUCCAACAAACAAACAGGACAUUCGAGACCUUGGGCCUCCACAAGAGGUUGCGGAAACUUUAAUAAAAAAAGUUCUAGCUCCCCCUUCCCAGAAAACUAAGCUAGUUGAGGCAACAGAGCAUGAUGUUGAUGGGAACGCUUACUACACAAUUGAGUUCAUAGCUAAAGCUCCAAACUAUACGCGCCAUGCUCUCAGUGCAAUCUGUAUUGGCAAUGGGAGGUUUUACACGGUUACUACGGGGGCCAAUGAGAGGAGGUGGGAGAAGAUGAAAGACAAAUUGCAUACCGUCAUCGAUUCCUUCCAGAUUUUUAAAGUCUGAGUUUGUACACACAUUCUUCCUUCGCUUCCUAGUUGUACAAGGUACAGUUCUAGCCACUUGUAGUUGUUUCAAAUAAUUUCUAAUGCUGGAUCCAAUUUUCCUAGAUAAAAAGCAUUUUUUCAUUUUA